UGGAUGGGAAGGAGCGCCGGCCAGCCUCAGCACCGCUGCUUAUGUUGUUACUCUUCACACGCUCUCAACACAACUUGUGCAUUUCAUUCAUUUACUCGCCUCUGUCCUACUCCUCCUCCUCCUCUGUCAUAAUGAGUGAGACGAGUGCAGUCGUGGAGAAGUCUCUUCGCUCAGUCUUCGUUGGUAACAUUCCAUAUGAAGCGACUGAAGAGAAACUUCGAGACAUAUUCAGCCAGGUUGGUCCAGUGCUGUCAUUCAAGCUUAUGUAUGAUCGUGAAUCUGGUAAACCAAAAGGCUAUGGAUUUUGUGAGUACAAAGACCAAGAAACUGCUCUCUCUGCCAUGCGUAAUCUUAAUGGAUUUGAAAUUGGGGGACGACCCUUACGAGUUGACAAUGCAUGUACAGAAAAGUCAAGGAUGGAGAUGCAAAGUUUAAUGAUGGGUCCAGUUGUGGAAUCUCCGUAUGGUUCUGAAGUUGAGCCCAGCAAAGCACCAGAGGCAAUCAGUAAUGCAGUAGCAUCUCUCCCUCCUGAACAAAUGUACGAGUUGAUGCGUCAAAUGAAGCUGUGCGUUCGUAAUAACCCUACUGAAGCUCGUACCAUGCUUAUGAACAAUCCUCAGCUUGCAUAUGCUCUCCUCCAAGCUCAGGUAGUCAUGAGGAUCAUUGAUCCGAAGACAGCUGUUCAGAUUCUUCAUGGAGGGCGAGAAGGGGUGGAACCCUUAAUGCCCACUGGAACUGUGCCUCCACCUACUUCAAUUCCACCACCAACUACUGCACCACCAACCAUCAAUGGUGGACCACCCCCUGUUCCCACUAGCGGACCUCCACCGCCAUCAAAUCUACCAACACGUUAUCCUCCACCAAUGACAGGUGGUCCUGCCAACUUUCAGGGUCCUCCUCCUGGGCCACCGCCAACUCGUGGGCCACCAUUCCCAGGAGGUGACUUUGACAUGCGGCAGUUGAGUGGAGCACCAAGAGGCCCGCCUCCUCAAGGAAACGACCAAGACAUGCGUCUACCUCCACCAGGAAUGACGGGUCCUCCUCCACCUCAUGACAAUUAUGGUGCACCACAUCAUGACUUCGACAACAGCCGACAAUCAAAGGAAUCUGAAGGCAACGAUAGGUAUCCCCGUGAUCCACGUGGUGAUUAUGACCAGCGGGACCAGAGGACAGACCAGCGGGAGCAACGGUUUCGGGAACCUCCACCGAGUCGUGAACCACGAGAAAACUUUACCCGUGCCGACCCCAGAGAGAGCAGAGACCGAGAGCGAGAUUCUCGCAGCUACCGUGACUCUCGAGACAGCCGGGAUCAGAGAAGUACCGAGUCACGGGAACAACGUGACAAUAGAGAUCCUCGAGCUGCAGAUAGAGACAGAGACUACCGUAACAAUCCUCCCAGUGAAACUCGUGACCCUCGAGGGGGAAGACCAGCUUUCCCUCAGGAUAAAGACUUCAGAAGCAGUGGAAACCCUCCUCCUCCCAUAGGUGGACCUUCGCAGCCUCCUCCACGUGGUGUUCCUCCACCAUCCUCAGCUCCCACUGCUCUUCCAGCCAAUCUUGCUGGACAAGAUCAGGAGAAGGCCAGUUUGAUCAUGCAGGUGUUGCAGCUGUCAGAUGAACAGAUAAAGAUGCUGCCGCCAGAACAGCGAGCAUCCAUCCUUCAAUUAAAAGAACAGAUUCAGCGUUCUCAACACUGAAACUCUAGCAUAAGUUCAUAUAUGUGUUUAAAAAGGUGGAUCACAAUGACUACUUAUACUAGCUAAAUAUAACUGGUAUUGCCCCUUAAUUUUAUUUUGUUCUUAAAUCUUUCACAAAUAUGUAUUUUGAGUUCCUGUGCCAAUGUAUAUUUUCUAGGGAAAACAUAAGUAAUUUAAACCCUAUUCACUGAUGCAAACUAUACCUAUUAGCCCACUACUACUUUCUUCCACAUAAAAAUUAUUAAUUUAUGGUACAGCUAUAUUUUAUUGAUUUAUAUAAUUAUGUUUACAAGGAAAAAUAACAAUUGGUUAUAAUUCCAAAUUAAAUAUUUCUUAAUUUUUUGCUACAUUACUUUACUGAUUAUAAUUUAUCUGUCAAGUAUGAUGCGUAACUGUGCUAUAGUUAAGGAAAUAGACGUUGACUCAGGGUUGACCCAUUUUUUUAUUAUUUUUCCAAAUUUUUAUAAAUGAGUAGUAGCAUAAUUGUUGUAUAGAGAAAAUAUAACACUUGCCAGUGUACAAAUUAAUUCAAUAAAGAAUGAAGCAGUUGAGUCAAUUGAAGUAUAUUAUUUUUUAGUAAAUUAGAGUUAUCAUAUUUUGGUUACCUUUUCUUAUGCGAAAAUAUAAAAAAAGCUAGAAGGAAAUUAGGAUGAAUGAUUAUGUAUAUUUCAGAAAUUACAUUUACAGAUGUGAUGCAACUCUUUUAAUACUUUGGUAAAUGUUUCUAUGCUUUUAUUAUUCAUUUCGAAGUCAAAUAUCUGAAGAUAAAUCUACUCUCUACACCUUAAGAAUUUUUAGUGGGAGUUUUAUUUUAUUUUGUUCACUUUAAUUUCAGCAAGGGUGUGAGGGCCACUAAUCAAAGUGGCUGUCAUACUGUGGACACGGUACACAUUUGUUUGGAGAUAACUAUGUUUUCAAGCUUUGUAACUCCUUAAUGGUAGGUCUUGAUAAUGCAUCCUCUUAAUAACUUCAUAUUUAUAGUAGUAUACAUUCUGUUUGGGGCAUAAAGUAUGUUGUGCUAUAUUUCAUUGUUUUUAUUUUAAGUGCUUGUUUUGGGAAAUACAGUAUUUGUAUUUUUAACGAGUUAUUGAGUAUCGUAACUAACGCCUCAAUUUGAGUUACAUUAGAGUUUGUGAAUUUAUUACUUUUGAUAAUUUAUGCACUGAAUUUCAUCAGAUGCUCUAGCUUCCGGGUGGUAUUUUUUUGUUUUCCAUUUGUUAAAAAUUCAUUUAUUUAGGGAGAGUAUUUUAUCAGUACCUUUCAGGUACUGAUUUCAUUUUAUCAGAUUUGGUAAAUAUGUGCCUUGGCAUCAGUGUCAUUUUUGAGACCAAUUUCUAUUAAGUGUUUGUAGAUGCUUUACAUAUUGGUACAGGCACAUGAAAAAACUGUGUGAAACAAAUUCAUGUAAAUCAAAAUUGUUAUUUGGAAAAUUAGGGAUGCAUUCCAGAGAGCAUGUUAAGAAAAUUUUUACUGUUUCUCUCAUGGUACAGUACUUGGCUGAAUAUUUUUACAAAGUACUCAAAAGAUUCCAUAUUUGCCCUCCCGAAAGAGAGUGAAAUAGGCCAAUAUAAUAGCUUGCCAGUUCACUUAACCCUUUCAUUUAAGCGAGUGUCAGUGAGUAGAAGAAACAUGUACUAGAACAGUCGGGAUUCUCUCAUACCAUAUCUCAAAUAAAGAGAGAUGUGAAUUGGUAACAACAAAUUUUUCAUAUGUAUGGCAUUUCACAUAAAAUGUUGAAGCAUAUUUUUAGUUGUGGAAGAGUGUACAGUACAAAAUAUUACAGUAAAUCACACUACUGAAUUCACAACAUUUUGCAUAUACAGUUGCUUCUUAAAAUUAAUCUUAGCAUAGAAACAGAUGACAUAUUGUAAAAAAAAGAUUAUGAAGUUAUUAAAUAGACAUGUGAAAAGAAAUAUAACUAUUGAAUCAUGUAUUUUAGCAAUUAGGCUCCCCUGGGAUGGGAAUUGGGAGGAGAAAUAAUAAUGAAGCCGUAGUGCCCCCUUCCCCCAACAUACAGAGGAAAAGAGUAAGUGUUUGGUUAUGUAAUAUAAUCCAUUGAUUUUGGCUUCAUAUGGCAAGGUUGUGGUGGCAUUUUUAGGGAAGAGAUGCAUUAUGCAGUAAAGUGUCAAAGUAAUCAUUUUCAUGGUGUAGUAGAUACAUCAAUCUGAUAUUUGAUAGAUAGUAGAUCUUAACACUUUCGCAUUCCCGGGAAGUAGUUGAGUCCACAUAACUCUGUGGAUGUCUGCCUGGGACGUAUGUGGCGUCCAAAAUUAAAAUAUUUGUUAAAA